AUGGUGGGAACCAAUCUUACAACUGUAGUGGAAUUCCUUCUCCUUGGCUUUUCUGACCUUCCUGAUUUCCAAGGGUUUUUGUUUGGUGUUUUCUUAACUAUCUACAUGAGUAUCCUAAUAGGAAAUGGCCUCAUCAUUUUAGUCACCAAAGUUUCUCGAGCUCUACACACUCCCAUGUAUUUUUUUCUUGGGAACUUUUCUUUCUUGGAAAUCUGUUACACAUCAGUCACUCUUCCCAAAAUGUUGGCAAAUCUUUGGACCCAGGACAGAAAUAUUUCUUUUUUGACCUGUGCUAUACAACUGUGUUUCCUCCUUACUCUUGGAGGCACUGAAUGCUUGCUUCUAGCUGUAAUGGCCUAUGAUCGUUAUGUGGCCAUCUGUAAACCACUCUACUAUCCUCUCAUCAUGAACCAUAAAGUAUGUGUCCAGUUUGUAGUUGGUUCCUGGACCACUGGAAUUCCAGUCAUGAUUGGUCAGACAUAUCAGGUUUUCUCACUCCCUUUCUGUGAUAGUAAUAAACUUAAUCAUGUGUUCUGUGAUAUACCACCAUUACUGAAGUUGGCUUGUUCAGAUACCUCUGUGAUAGAGCUCUCUGUCUAUGUUGUUGCUGUUUUAUUUGUCAUGGUACCCUUUAUAUUGAUAAUCAGAUCUUAUGUCAAAAUCAUCACUACCAUCUUGAAGCUUCCAUCAAACACAGGAAAAUACAAAGCCUUCUCAACUUGUUCUUCCCAUCUUCUAGUUGUUAUUUUAUUUUUUGGGUCUGCAACUAUUACAUAUUCAAGACCCAAGUCAAAUGACUCAGAAGGAAUUGAUAAAAUACUUUCCCUUUUCUACACUAUCUUAACCCCAAUGUUUAAUCCCAUGAUAUACAGCCUGAGAAAUAAAGAUGUCAUUAAUGCACUCAAACAAUUACUGCCUAAGUGA